UUCUCAUAGAAUUUUCCGCAUCACUCGAAACGAUCAACAUCACGUAUUGUCACCAGGAGAUACCUAGACCGAGCAUGAUCACGUGAUAGUUCAAUCAAUUUCGAUUAAUUGUUAACCCUACCACACACUCACCCUGGAGGGGGUUCAAGUGACCCACUAUCCCCAACGAUGCGAGCAAGAGUUCAAUUUUCAAAUUUGCAAUCAAUCGAUCAAUUAAACUAUUCAUGAAUUUAUGAUGGAUAUUAUUUCAACGGUUUUGAUAUUAGAAUUGGUGUUCGCCAGUCCCAGUCUAGUCCGUUUCAGGGAAGCGCCGAGAUCGAAUAGUGGAGUAAGAGCUUUGCAGAUAUCGGUGGAAAAGUGCUGGGAGAAUCAGUCAAGUGCUGAGUGAUAUUAGUUGCUGGAGCAAUUUAAGCCCUUGUGAGAGUUAGAAAUGCAUGAUGACUAUGAGCCGAUCCCGAAAAGCAAACCCAAGCAUAUUAAAACGAAGGAAAUCAGCUACUUUCAAAUAUUUCGCUUCGCCACUCCAUUGGAACUUUUCCUGAUUUUCAUUGCCUUUUUAUGUGCCGUGAUAAAAACUUUGGCAAUGCCAUGUGUGAUAAUUGUGUAUGGCGAAUUCUGUUCUUUGCUGGUUGAUCGAACAUACGGGAUUGGAACGAGUACAAAAACGGAUAUUCUGCCAUUAUUUGGUGGUGGAAAAAUAUUGACAAAUGCGUCAGCUGAAGAGAACGCCCAGGAGAUUUACAAUGACUCGGUGGCCUAUGGGGGCCUGAUGGCUCUUAGUUCGUUUAUUCUUUUUAUCUCUGGAUCAGUAUCGAUCGAUCUGUUCAAUUUUGCGGCUCUGAGGCAGAUCACAAGGAUACGAACUCAUUUCUUCCAAGCCAUCGUCACCCAGGAUAUUGGCUGGCAUGACAUCACAACGGACCAAAAUUUUGCAGUGCGAAUUACGGAUGAUAUUGAGAAAAUCCGGGACGGAAUCUCGGAGAAAGUAAGUCAUUUUCUGUAUUACACCGUUGGAUUCGUUACAACGUUCGUAGUCUCGAUGAUCUACGGGUGGAAGCUAACUUUGGCUGUUAGUGUAUAUCUACCAAUUGUGAUUGUCGUAAAUAUCAUAAUAGCGAAGUACCAAGGCAAGUUGACUACCAAAGAGAUGCAGUCUUACUCGGUAGCUGGACAAAUAGCUGAGGAGGUGUUCAGUGCAAUUCGCACGGUGAUUGCGUUCAAUGGCGAGAACAAGGAAGGCGAACGAUAUGAAAAUUCCUUGCAACCAGCUUUACGCUCGGGCAAGCGGAAAGGAAUCUUUACUGGCGUCGGUGAAGGUGUGAUGCGGAGUUUGUUGUUCGUUUCUUGUGCUGGUGCUUUCUGGUACGGAGUGCAUUUGGUGCUGGAGGGACGUGGCAAGGAAUAUCGAGAAUAUAAUCCUGGAGUCCUGACAAUAGUAUUUUUCGCUAUUUUCGUGGGAACAGACAACAUAGCAAGACUGUCCCCGAUCUUAGAAGCGUUUGCAAAGGCUCGGAGUUCGGCUACCACUAUUUUUGCAGUGAUUGAUGCGGUAUCGAAAAUCGAUCCACUGUCGAAAGAGGGUGAAAUUCUACCAGGCGGUAUCAAAGGUGACAUCGAGUUUCAGGAUAUUUUCUUCUCAUAUCCUUCGCGGGAUGACGUAAUUGUCCAUCGAGGUUUGAACAUAAAAGUCGAAAGCGGACAGACUGUGGCCUUAGUAGGAAAUUCUGGAUGUGGGAAGUCAUCAUGCAUCCAACUUUUGCAAAGGUUUUAUGAUCCGAUGUUUGGAAAGGUACUCAUUGAUGGAGUGGAUAUAAGAAAGUAUAAUUUGCGGUGGUUGAGAUCGAAUAUUGCAAUUGUUGGCCAGGAGCCGGUUCUAUUCUCGACAACAAUAGCUGAAAACAUUCGGUAUGGGAAACCAGGUGCCAAACAAAAGGAAGUGGAAGAUGCUGCGAAAGCUUCUGGAGCACACAAAUUUAUAUCAACUUUACCAGACGGCUAUGAUACUGUACUCGGUGAAAAUUCUCAAGUAUCGGGGGGUCAAAAACAACGUAUUGCUAUUGCUCGUGCCCUCAUUCAAAAUCCUAAAAUUCUCCUUCUUGAUGAAGCGACUUCAGCUCUUGACUACCACUCAGAAAAAUUGGUCCAAGAUGCCCUCGAUGCAGCUCGAAAAGGACGAACCACGAUAGUCGUAUCUCACCGCCUAUCGGCCAUCAAAAAUGCCGAUAAGAUUGUUUUUAUUGAGAACGGAAGAGCAGUUGAAGAAGGUACCCACAGUGAGUUGAUGGCCCUGAAUGGAAAAUAUGCGAAAAUGGUCACUGCGGCGAACAGAGCGACAAAGGAGGAAAAACCGAAAGCAGAUCCCUUAUUGGACGAAGACAACACAUACCAAAAAUCCUUCGAGACAGAUGUGAAUAACCUGCAAGAGUACCACGAGCAAGCCUUUAAUAAUCGCGACAGUCCUGACUUGAAUUCGUUGCCACUUUUGCCAGUUAAAAAGAAGAUUGAGGAAGAGGACAUCGACGAGGCGAAAAGGAAUUACUUCAAGACGUUUAAAAAGAUAUUGGGUGCAGCUAGGCCGCAGUGGCCACAUUUGAUAUUUGGAAUAUUAGCGGCUUUGAUAUGCGGUGUAUCCCUUCCUGCAUAUGCGGUCCUGUUUGGUGAAUUCUAUGGAGCCUUAGCCAGGGUCGAAGACGAUUCUGCGAUUCGAGAGACUGGUUUCCUCUGUAUCAUUUGUAUUUCUAUAGGUGUCGUAGCCGCGAUUGUCGGAUUCAUACAGACUUACCUCUUUAACUGGACUUCGCUAUGUUUAACAAUGAAGCUUAGGGUGAAAGCCUUCCGAUCAAUUAUUACACAGGAAAUUGCUUGGUUUGAUGAAGAGAGAAACAGCGUUGGGGCGCUUUCGGCAAGACUUUCAGGUGAUGCAGCAGAUGUGAAUGGUGCGAUUGGGUAUCCUUUGAGUGCUAUUCUUCAGGCCUUAACUAAUAUAACUGUAAGUGUGGUUACCGCAUUUAUUUUUUCAUGGAAAUUGACUUUGGUAUGCCUGGCGUCAGUGCCCUUUAUCGUAGGAUCUGUGGUCAUCGAAGCUAAGUUCAUGGCUUCCGCUGCAAUAAAGGAGAAGGAGAUGCUAGAACAUGCUGCAACGGUUGCAACCGAGGCUAUAACAAAUAUUCGAACUGUUGCAAGCUUAAGGAGAGAAGCCAACGUUAUAGCUGAGUACAAAAAGGAAAUCCUGAAAGUUGAAUCUCAAAUCAAGAAGAAACUUCGUUUUCGAGGUACCGUCAAUUCAUGCGGACUGUCUUUUCCAUUUUUCGCCUAUGCAGCUGCUUUAUGCUAUGGUGGUACUUUGGUUGCCAGAAACGAGAUUCCCUUUCAGGACGCGAUCAAAGUAUCCGAAAUUUUGCUGUAUGGAGCGAUGAUAUUAGGCCAGUCUCUGGCAUUCGCCCCAGCAUUCACAGCUGCAUUGGUAGCAGCCCAUCGGUUGUUCCACAUUAUUGGUCGUGUUCCUAGGAUACGAACGUCAAAUCUUGUCAAAUCGAGCCAAAAGGAUGUGGGACAUAAUGUGACCUAUUCGAACUUACAUUUUAGAUAUCCCACGCGAUUGGACACUCCAAUAUUGCAAGGACUCAGUUUAGAAAUACCAGAGGGUAAGACGAUUGCACUUGUUGGGCCAUCCGGAAGUGGAAAGUCUACCUGCAUUCAGUUGCUUCAGAGACUCUACCAAGCUGAUCAUGGGUCAAUUACCAUCGGUCAAAAUGACAUUUGCAAGGACCUAACGCUAUCAGGUCUUCGUCAGAAACUAGGCAUUGUCUCGCAGGAGCCGGUUCUAUUCGAAAGGACAAUUGCUGAAAACAUCGCUUAUGGUGACAAUUUUCGAGACGUGCCUUUAGUAGAAAUAAUGGAUUGUGCCAAAAUGGCAAACGUUCAUAACUUCAUUUCGUCCCUGCCGUUAGGGUAUGAAACCCGCUUGGGUUCUAAGGGUACCCAGUUGUCUGGCGGUGAGAAGCAACGAAUUGCUAUUGCUCGGGCUUUAGUUCGAAAUCCGAAAAUACUUUUACUGGACGAAGCUACAUCUGCGCUGGAUUUACAAAGUGAAAAGGUAGUUCAAGCCGCUUUGGAAUUUGCAUGUUCCGGUAGGACCUGUAUUGUGAUCGCCCAUCGUUUAUCCAGUAUUCAGAACGCUGACUUGAUUUGUGUGGUGAAUCAAGGGAAAAUUGUUGAGAAGGGUACCCAUUCGCAGUUGUUGGCUCAGGGAGGAAUCUACGCCCAUCUUCAUAAGACACAGCCAAAAGCCGAAUAGAUUAGUGAAUUCAGUAUUCCAUAGUUGAAGCUUGACAGUAUUAUUUCGUUGUUUUUUUCCAUUACUGUUCGUCAUACACCAAUUUUACUGCAUUUAUUUAGGUUACUAAUUUUAGAAUUGUUAAGGCUAGAUUGCGGUGAUUUUAAGAAGUUAAGGUUAAGUUGGAAUCCUGCUCAACAAAAAUAACAAACUAAAAGCCAGUAAAUACGUCGGAGGAUAUGAUAUGAAAAUAUAUGAGUAUCUAACGAGCUGGUGCUCUCGGAA